AUGGCGCGAAUCGUUUUAGGGUGGUUGUUACUGUGUUUCGUGGUCGAAGCAUACAGUCUGGUAUGUCUAAAAUGCAAUUCCACGGACGUCUUCAGCAGGUGCCGCUUCGGCAGCAGAAGCAAAGCAGCCCCAAGGCGAGCCCUAUGCAGAGGACCUGAAGCGACUUGCUUCGUCCGCGCAACAGUGGACGACAACGGCAGGGCUUUCUUCGAACGCGGUUGCACCGAUUCCUCGCAAGACGUUUGCAAAGCGAAGGACCACGUCGACGUGGAAUUCUGCGUGAGCUGCAGAUCGAAGAACUGCAACUACGACGUGAUGGAGCUGGAUAAGGAAGUGGAGGAUUACCUGAACGACGCCCGAGAGCGGGAUAUCCGCGAGAAAGGCGUAGCUUCGCACGUCGAAGAGAAAAAAACCGAUAAAACCGCUGCUGGUAAAGGCAUAGUUAAAGUGCUGAAGGAGCUGAUAACAAGGAGUUCGGCAGACGAGAACUCGGAUAAACGACCGGAGAAUCUGGUGGAUGAAGUGUUGAACGAUCAUUUCACGCAUUUCGGCGAAAAAAUCCGUUCUUCUCGGUCCGGCGUGACGAAUUUACAAUUCAACGAUGAAGAUGAUGACGGCGAAGGGCCGUUUGAUAUCGAUGUGAGAAUGGAUAACGCGAAGCAUAAGGUUUUGAAAUAA